UUUACACUACAGUCCAAACUGAGUCAGGGAUGUCUUAUCAAGGCAACAUCAGGUUCAGCCUCUUGCUCGGCUGGUGCAGCCUUUUGACGUUCGCUAUGGUGAUUAUAGCUGUGGUGCUUGCCACGGGCACCACCUUCCGAGGCCAGCAGAGAAGCAUGGGGGAGGAUAACCUUACAGAAAAUAUUUUACCUUCAACGGCUUCCUUCAGAGGUUCCCCCACUGGGCAGCCUCUUACUGAUCACAUCCAUCUUAUAUAUGAUGUCAAGAACACCUGGAAACCCUCCAGUUUUCUGUCUGACAAGAGCAGUUUCAUCACCUUCCAGAAUAACUUGGUGAAAGUCAAAGCUGCAGGAAUAUACUAUGCCUACGCCCAGGUCACCUUCUUACACAGGAAGGCAGACGGUGAGGAGACAGUUGCUUUGGUUAUGAAUGAGAAUAUUCCAGACGUAAAACCUCGGAAACUCAUGGAGGCCCAAAAGCAUGGCAUUGGCACUGUGUCCAUGUCAAAAGUGAUGAAACUGAUGGAGAAUGACUGCGUGAAUCUGAUUGUCAGUAAUACAUCAAUGAUCUUCUCACAUGAGAUUUCAAACACAUAUUGGGGUCUCUUCAUGCUUGCUAAGAUGGAGGAUAAAUAGGUAGCAGGCAGUAACACUGCUCUCUCAGUUCACAUAAUGCUGAAAUAGUCCUAUCUAAUAUUUGAUUGAACUACUACUAUUGCUCAGUAAAUCCGGGCAUAAUAUUCCAAAGUUAAUUUGCAACCACUUAAAAUCAUCCGUAAGCACUUAGAAACUUCAGGGAAUGUAUUAAUGCUCUUAGAAUGAAGGAUGCUAGAAGGAGUGGGUCCAGGGUCCAUUACAAUGCGACAGUGGGUUGUAUACUUAUAGCACAUCUAAUCAUACAUUCAUCAGCCAAGUUGUGAUGAACUACUGUGUCUGCAAAAUAUGAAAAAGCAUCAGCAAAAGAACCACUCUAUAAUUUUUCUCUUUUUAUGUAUGUUUGUAUGUAUUUGUUUGUGUGUGUGUGUGUGUGUGUGUGUGCAUGCGUUUGAGUGUGUGUGACUGAAUGAUUUUAUUAUAUGGAUGGUUGAAUGUUCUCAGGCCUUGCUGGUAUCAUAUGGUCUACACCAUUUAAUGAUGCUGCAAGCUUUUGUUUGUUGUGAAAAUAUAGUGAAAUAUUUAACAUUUUUGAUAAGAAAUUUAAUGUAUUCUGACAAUUUUCUACUUAAUUCCUUAUUUAUGUGGCUUAUUUAACUGUACUUGAAUUAACAAUCUUAACAUUCCUGAUUUUUACAGCAAAUCCACUAGUGGAAAUACUGUGUUAAGUUUAUUGAAAUGUUAUAUACUUCGAUCUACAUGUCAUUGUGAAAAUGUGAUAUAUCUUUUUGCGGUACACAUUAUAAUAUCCUCAAACAGCAUAUUGUGUAUGUGGCAGAAAACUACUGUGCUGUUGACAAUAAAUGUCUAUUCAGAAUUAUAAAUAGAAUAGUAAUUUUUACUAAAUCAUAUUUCACUUAUCCUUAUAUUAAAGUCCUGGAAAGGCAUUAUUCAAUAUAAGGCAAAGCACUGUAUUUUUCCUAGUUCUACGUGGCUCAUUUCUCACUCAGUUACUAAUUCUUACCAUAUGAGGGCGCUAUAUGCCAGUGAGCUACCUCUAAACCCGUUUCUAUGUUCCUAUUAUGAAUCUUGCUGUUAACCACUAUACAGUUGUACAUAAACUGACUGAUGAAUAUUUCAGGGGCACCAUAAAUGUCAACAGGCUGACAUCACAGUUUUAGAGAAAGACACAUGACAAAUGACAUAUUUAUAUAAGUGCAUA